AUGAGGGACCUCUCUGAGAUGGCUUCCAACAAGACUAACUCAACCACCCUCUGCCAUUCUCACCUCCCACCCAAAGCGGCCACAAUGACACUUUCUCUGUUCUACACAGCCCUCUUCAUCCUCAGCACCUUGGGAAACAUCCUUGCCCUUUGCCUUGCCUGCCAAAAGAGCCCGAAGAAGAUCAAUUCAACAGGCAUUUACUUGGUCCAUCUGGCAGUGUCCGACCUCCUGUUCGCAUUGGCCCUGCCUGGAAAGAUAACCUAUUACGCGUUGGAGUCCAGCUGGCCUUUUGGUGAUUGGUUCUGCAGGCUGACAGCAUUCAUAUUCUACUUAAAUACUUAUGGGAGUGUCUACCUCAUGACGUGUUUGAGCGUGGACCGUUACCUGGCUGUGGUCUGCAUUCACCAGUGUCCCCAGCUCCGAAAGACUAGCCAAGCACGGUUGGUCUGUGUGGGUGUCUGGGCCUUGGCACUGCUACAGACGGACGCCUUUAAACUGUCUCUUCAAGUCACAGUGUCGCUAAUGAAUAUGAGUUGCUGUAUUGAUCCUGUCAUUUACUUCUUUGCAUCUAAAGAUGAUAGGAAAUGGCUCUUCAGCAUUUUAAAACUCCGAGUGUCAGCAUCUUCCUCUUCCUCCACCUCCUCAGAAACCAGGCAUCAGUCAGAUCAUAGGCUUUCUGCCCCAGUGGAGAACAAGUUUUCAGCACAAGUGCGAAGUAUUGCCAAUAACCCCAACGUGGUGCCACUGGGGCAGACGUGGUCCUUACCAGGAUCCUGGCAGAAGGGCACAUGCGUCGAAUGCCCCAGAUGCCUCUGCAAUGAACUUGCACCGUGCGCAAGCAGCAUGGGAAAAGAGAAGCAAGAGCGGCGCACACAAAAGCAGAACUUCUCAAACACGUAUUCCCCACUAAGUCUAAUCAACUUCUUUAAAGCUGUGGUUCAUGAUUUUCCCAUCUUCUGUAGCCCGGCGCAUUAUCAGUUUGCUGGCCACUCCAGUGGGGCAGUUGGAGCUAAAUCUUUGGAGAACCCCAGUAGGGAACUGGGCCAGUUGCCAAUGACCGUGGUCAGUGUUAUGGUGGGCAAUGCAUGA